UGCAUAGAGCUGUUCAACUGUGUACUUUCUAGGAAACGAGAAACUCAGAGUUUUGCUGGCUUAUCUUCUCCUAGCAGAAAGGAUCCAGAGCCCACACUCCACCACCGACAGAAACCUUGUUAUCUUUCCUCAGCCCACAUGUUGCUUGUUCUCUUUAUCACCAUGUAGCUCAUCCCACAGACUCCGAGCAAGGAGAGGACACCAACCACACUGCACUCCAUUUGCCUUGCUCCUUGGGUGCUCUGUCUUCUUCCAGCCACCUCCAUUGCCAUCAUGGCUGCUGUCAUGAGAUUCUGGAAGCUCUGUGUUGUCUUUCUGUGGUGUGCUAUGUCCCUCCCAGCAUUUUCAAGGGCUCAGGAGGAAGACUUCAUGAGGAUUUGGCCAGAAAACCCUGUGGUGCCAUUUGGAGGCUUCAUUGUAUUAAACUUCAGCGCCAAUUGUGAGAACAUUGCAGUGGAGACCAGCUUAAGCAAGGUUCCUGCAGGGGACGGGCCUUCUUGGAAAGCCUUCAAUUUUACCAGUGUCACCCACUGGGAACCACAAAUAUUGUGCCAUGCUGACUGUGAGAAAGGAAAGGCAAAAUUUCAGACAGUAGUCAUCACAGUUUACCGAGCUCCAAAGCGUGUAGAGUUGGAUCCAUUACCAACAAUGGAAGUGGGUGAGGAGUACAAUGUGACAUGCCGGGUUUUCAAUGUUGCUCCCAUCCGAAACCUCACCGUGACCCUGUGUAAAGGGAACGAGGAGCUCCACAAGAAGACCUUUGAGGACCACAAUAAUCCCGAAGCCAGUGACGUUGUGGUGACUCACAGCAUAACUGCUCAGCAGGACAACCACAGGGAGGAAAUCACCUGCCAUGCAGCCCUGGAUAUGAGGCCUGAAGGGCCCCUCUUUGAAAAGGCAUCCCCCGACAAAUCCUAUAGUCAAAGCAGAGCUGUGUACCCUCCGGAGCAGGUGAUAGUGGAGCUCCAGAAGUCUUCAACAGGCCAAAGUUGGCACUAUGACCUGAAAUGCCAUGUUAUACGGGUGGCCCCUCUGAGCAAUCUCACUGUGACCUUCUUUAAAGGGACAGAGAGGCUGAUUUCACGGAAACUCUGGAACUAUACCAAGGCUGAACGUGCAAACGUUACAGUCAUUCACCCUAUUGUCCUUCAGCCAGGGGACUAUGGGAAGGAGGCUACUUGUCACGUGACCCUGGAUGUUAGCCCGCACAAGGAGCCCUUCACUGCUACAUCCCACAAGUUGGAGCUCAAGGCAGCUGAAACCUAUAGGGCUGUAACUGUGGCUGCUUCUGCAGUAGCCACACUAGCUUUUGUGCUGGUGGGCUUUGUCAUCUACUAUCUGGUCUGGGCACAUGGAGGCUCUAAAUAAGAGGACCGAGAAGGGCAGAACAAAUGUGAAGCCAAAUGAGUAAAAAAACGCUUUGUGUCGCGAUUCAGACUACCACAGAACACCUGUUUCAUGAACAUCUUGUAUAAAGACAAGAAGCAAUUGUGAAGAAUUUUUUGUACAUGGAAAAGUACCUUGAACAUUAAAAAAAAAUUGAGUCACAAUAAGACCUGGUCUUGAGCCCAUGGAAGAUGGGAUGAAAAUUGUCAGGUCCCCAUAGCAUUCUUUUCCCCCACUUCCCUUUUCCUUCUGCUUGUGGUGCAGCAAUCAGAUGUCUUAGUGCCACUGUGGCUGAUAGGUGUAUUUUUAAUGUAUGUGGUGAGGGCUGCCAUCCAUUCAUAGCUUUUAAGGAAUGCUGAUAUUUCAGAAGCUUUGUUUACAACAGGGAUGACAAAUCUGUGGCCCUCCAGAAGUUGCUGGACUACAAUUCCCAUCAUGCCUGACCAUUGACCAUGCUGACUAGGGUUCAUGGGAGCUGGAGUCUAACAACAUCUGGAGAGUCACUAUCCCUGAUUUAUAAGUAGAAAACAUACAAUGGGCAGUAAUUGUCCAUAUUUUCUGAAAAUACAUCCCAAUAGACAACAACACAUUUUAGAGAAAUAAAUCACAGAUGAUGUAAAAUAAAUUACAGAUGAUAUAUUCACUCCUUCGCUACACUGACAAUGCAAUUCUGUACUACUCUGAAGUACACCCCACUGAGUUCACUGGGACUACUCAUACUCAUACAUUGCAGCCUGAAUUGAACAAUUUAUCUACACUGAUAGAGCAAGCUAUGUCUCAGAUUGACAUUGAGUCACUUUGAUACCAAAUAAGGAAGUCUUAGAACAAAUAUGAACCAGAAAGGAAAAUAGGCAAUUUUUUACUAGGAGAAAAAUAUCUGUCUCUUGAAGGAAUCCUUGUACACCUCCCCAGAGUAAAGAAACAAGGAAAAUGCAAGGAGCUUUUCUAUGUCCUAAGUGUCUUGUCCCACUAAUGCAGUGGAGGAGGAGGAGGAGGAGGAGGAGGAGGAGGACUACCUGCCCUUCACCAUAAGGUCCCAGGGCAGGUCACAGCAAUUUAGCCAGGAGGUUAGACUAUGAUACUGCUGCCACGACUAGAACCUUCUUUGUCCUAGUAGUUUGCUAGCUUCUUAAGAGUCUAGGCGGGAGUGCUCCACUCAAAGACAGACCCAAUCAUGAUGUGGCUGAAGUCUCUGCCUCCAGGCAGCAAAUCUGGUGUGCACUUUGGAGUUCCACCGUAGGCAGCAACAUGAUUUGAGCCAGCCCUGGCAGAUGGCUUCUGCAAGCAAGGCAAGCAUGAUGCCAAAUUCCUUCUAAAAAAUAUCAGCUUCCAACUCUCAAGGGUGUGCCAGCAGCUUCACCACUCUCGACUUAAGCACCGAUUAAGACUAAGGAGAAAGAACCAAGACCGUGUAAUACUGUUGUUGGAAGAUUUUGGCCAGUGUGUUCUCAAACCUCCUCAGUGAAGCCACAGUUUUUUAUUAUUGUAUUUUACUAUUACAUUUAUAUCCCACCUUUCCUCCAAGGAGCUCAAAUUGGCAUACACAGUCCUUCCCUUUCCUGUUUUAUUUCCACAACAACCUUGAGAGGUAGGUUAGGCUGAGAAACAGUGAUUGCCCCAAGGACACCCAGUGAGUUUCAUGGCUGAGUUUGGAUUUGAACCCUGGUCUUCCAGUUCCUAGUCCUACACUCUAACCAGGACACCACAUGGGUGUAGGGCAUCACUGAGAGCUGUGACAUCCCACCAUCAUCUGGAGCCAUGCAUAAUGAAUACACUGGAAAGUAGGAACCUCUGUUUCCAAAGCUGUGGAACUUAAAGGAAAAGCUUUUUUCAGAAUUGUUGGGCUUCUUGUUUGUUUGCAUAUUCCAAAAUUCCAGUUUGUUUGCAUAUUACAAAAGUAUUACAGCACAGGAUUAGCAAGAAAUCCACACACAGCUCAUCCCAUCUGAUGGUCUUCCAUGCAGGUUUUUCACUGUGUGCACAGGUGGUGGGAAGACUCCAAUUGGUUGCAGCUCCUCAGUAUGACAUCAUGUACAUGCUUGCAGCAAAAACAAAAAACUGCUCACCUGUUACAACCUACAUGUGGGUUUCACUCAUCCCUUCAACCAAAGCUCUGCGGUGUAGAAAGUUUGCAAGGUGUUGCAUUAGCCUUAGCAAUAAAAGAUUAAUAAAGGUCCUUUUCAAAGAA